GCAGCCGCCCGGGGCAGCGGAGCAGACCCACCGCGCUUUCCUUCCUGCGGAGCCUGCGGGACAGCGGUGGCAGCAGCAUGACUUCGGCGGCGGUGGAAAUUUUGGGGCUGGGACUGGGCAUCCUGGGCUGGGUGGGGGUGAUCGUGGCCUGCGGGUUGCCCAUGUGGCAGGUGUCGGCCUACAUCGGCGGGAACAUCGUGGUGGCGCAGACCAUCUGGGAAGGGCUGUGGAUGAGCUGCGCGGUGCAGAGCACGGGGCAGAUGCAGUGCAAGGUGUACGACUCCAUCCUGGCGCUGCCGCCCGAGGUGCAGGCGGGCCGGGCGCUCACCGUCAUCGUGGCGCUGCUGGGGCUGGUGGCGCUGCUGGUGACCGUGGUGGGCGCGCAGUGCACCAACUGCAUACGGCCCAGCAAGAUGAAGUCCCGCAUCGUGAUCGCCGGCGGGGCCAUCUACAUCCUCUGCGGGGUCCUGGUCCUCAUCCCACUCUGCUGGUUCGCCAACAUCGUCAUCAGCGACUUCUACGACCCCAGCGUGCCGUCGUCCAAGAAGCGGGAGAUGGGGGCCGCGCUCUACAUCGGCUGGGCGGCCACGGCCCUGCUGCUCUUCGGGGGCUGCCUCAUCUGCUGCUGCUCCUGCUCCCAGCGCGACGAGACCUCCUUCCCCGUCAAGUACUCGGCGCCGCGGCGGCCCACGUCCAACGGCGAGUACGACAAGAAGAAUUACGUCUGAGCGGGGCUGGCCCGCUCCGCGGCCCCGCGGGGCACGGACAGACGGCUGCGGCCCGGGAGCGUCUGCGGGGAGCUCCAGCGCUCCCCUGCCUGGAGGCUUUUCUUAGCGGGGACCCCCGUGAAGCGGCGGCCCUAGGCAGGGCAGCGCCCCGCUGCCCUCCACCCCGGCUUCCCGGCGGGUCCGGCCGCUCCGCUGCGGGCAGCGCCGCGCUUGGCGCCGCCGGCUCUCGGUACUGACCGACCGCGCUGCCGGCCGAGCAAAGCCUCCGCGAACCAGCAUCGGGAACCGAGGAGCCCCGGCGAGCCACGGCGGCAUUUACCGGGACGCCCCGUCCGGGCUUCACCGCCGCCGCCUGCCCUCCAGCUCCCGCCGCAGGCCCCGGCCGUUCCCCGGCGUUCCCGUGACACUUGUGAGUACCCUGCCGCCCGCUGUGGCUGCCGGUGCCUCGGGGCACCGCCUGGCUGCCGGGACCGGGCGUCGGGUGCGCACCAGAGCCGAGGAGCAGCUUCGCAUCUUCAUCAUCUCUCCCCAAAGGCUGCAUCUGGCAGUUCCCACUCGGACUGAUAAGGGGGGUUUGAUCUAUUCGGGCAAUUAAAAUAGGGAUCCUGUCCAAAGCAUGACACUAACCUCGGCCCUUAAUCUCACAGGCAGCAACUCUUUGGAGAAAGUUGUUUGACUUUCUUCAGUUGUUUCAGUCCCUCAGUGAAGCGUAUUGGUCUGUGUGUAUUUGAAACCUCAAAAGAGAUUUCAGGUAGUUGCUGUCCUUUAGUGGAGUACAAAUCAGAUUGUAGGUUGUCUCUUGAGGUUCUUCAUCUCUUCUUCAGCUUAUGCUCUGUUUUUACUUGAAUAUGAACUCAUUGCCAGAAUUAUUCAAGGACUCGAUUAAGAAAUCUAGGAGAUCACUGUAUGUCCUGGCUCCAGCAGGGCCUCUGCUCCUCUCAUCUGCACUACAGGAGAUUGGAAACCUAAAAAUCAUCCCAGAUACUGAUGGUUGGGGGGAAUGAUGUCUUUGUGGCCUUCUUGCCAAGCUCUGCUUGCUGCCAGUUUUGAAAUGUGUGUUCAGUUGGACGUGAGCUUGGUUGGCUCCCCACCAUGGUUUUAACACGUGCUUUCCUUCAUUUACCAAAUCAAGCAAAAAAUUGCUAGAAGAAUUUUACCAAAAAUAUCUUGACUGAGACUUUACACCAGGUGAUCAGUUGUGAAGUCAUGACUCUCACAGCUCUCAGCUCCUCUGCCCUAGUCACACUGCAGACUGGAAGGAAGAUGGUUUGGGCAACAUAACUAAUUUUCCUGAGGUCAACACCUCCUGAAUUUCAUCACAGUCUGAAAUAUUAGCUUACACUUUUUCAUUUUAGACUGCAGAGACAAACUUUGUUAAGGGAGGGGCUUAAGGGGAUGGUGUGAUACUCCUCCAAUCUAAUUAUUUGUAAAUCCACACAGGAUUAUGCUACUGACUGUGGCAGCAUCUGCAUUGCCAUAAGGAGAUUUCUGCCAAGAGUUAGGGAGGAAAUGUGCUGUUUAUACUCCUCAGAGAUCAACCCUACAACCUCAUAGGUCCUCACAAUCAUGUAGCAAUACAGUGCACACCUGACCUGAGCACUAACUCUUACAGCUUUCUGGUAACACCAAACUUAUUGACAAACCAUAACUGUGGGUCUGACAGAUUUACAUUGACCCUGUUCUUGCCUUGCUUAGCAAACUUAAAAUCCUGGAGGUAUCAGCAAUUCAUACACUGGAAUGAGAGACUAAAGCCUUGCCCCUGCAAAUUUUGAUGUUGAAUAUUGAGCACCUUUUUGAAGAUAACUCCUUUUGUUUUUUAAACACAUAAAUAGCAGGGUCUGAGCUCAUCAGAGAAUACAAAAGCAGAGCAAUGUGUCUACAACUACUUCUGCUCUAUAAAGAGGUGCAGCUCUAAUACUGCCUCCAUUUAAAUAAAAGCUGUAAUAUUGUUUUUAUGAUGUGAUAUGUAGUUUUGGUACAAGAGUGAAACAUUCUAUAUUUCAUCAUUGCAACUUUUUGAAAACAGUGUAACCUUGUAAACUGUAAAUGUAUUUAAAGGUAUAUAUUUUGCAAGAAAUCUACCAAAGUUGGCUUGUUAUAUGGUUUGGUGCCUUUAUUUCAUGACUACUUUGUUUUAAAUUGUAACAUCCAACUGUAUUUGUCACUCAGCUCUCUGGUGUCUAGCAAAUGAGUCCACAGAUAUUAGUCCAAAUCCUGGAGCUUGCUCUCUUUUGUCUCAAGUUAAAGAACUAAACCCCACUGACAAAAAUGUCUGCAUGUCUCUGAGCAGUAGAGCCUUCAGAAGUGCUGCAGAAUUUGGGGUCUGACCAAAAGAUGAAAUGUUCCUGGACAAUCCAUCACUAGCAUUUCAAAGCAAAACUGGUGUCUUUGGGAGAGGGAGGGGAAACCAGUGCCUUAGAAGGGAAUUUUAACAGGCCAAAUUUCUUGUAUCGAGGCAGGGCUGGAUCCUCUUAAAACCAAAAUCUGAAAAACUUACACAGAAAGAUCUCUUGGAAGAAGCCAGUGCUAACUGUGCAUGUGCUACUAAACACAGCAUCAUCCUACCAAAACUGUAACUUGUGCCUGAGAUCAGUGGGGCAGCACCCAAUAAUACUUGCAGGAAGUGGAGCCCGUUUUAAAAAAUAUUUUUAUAUUUAAUCUCAUCCUUCAGUAUCUUUAGUUGUUGCUGUGCUUUAAAAGAUAACCUGAGAGAAUGCUGUUACUGAUGUCACUGGCUUCAGGGUAAAAGUCUAAGUUGGUUUCUAUGAUUUGUUUUCUAAGAACAAAGAUCUAGUCCUGAAUUUAAAACCUUGGAAGUGCUCAGGAUCAGGCCUGAACCUCAUCCCAAUGAAAAGAUGAAUCUAUAGCACUUGUUUACUAUUUUUAUUUUGUAUUUAUGAUUUCGCAUAAAAAUAAAAACAUGUAAACCAA